UUUGUUGUGAUAAAAUACGUUCUAAUAUUUACAAAUCUUUAUUGCAAAUAUAAUAAAAAUUAAUAGUUUAACUCAUAUACAUCCGUAUAAGUUAAAAUAAAUAUAUUUAAAUGUGAAAACUAAAUUUUGAUAAAAACAAAGAACACGGAUGUGUCAUCAAAUCUUAAGCCCUGGUGCUCAAGUUAGGUAACUGCAUUGAUUUAUUAUUUACAUGACUAUAUGUUUGGAGUAAAUAUCAGAAACAUGGAGUACGCUGACGCCUUGUUGGAAGAAAAAAAAUUAAUGACAGAAGCGAAGUACCGCAACUACAUGACGAACAUUGACAAAGCAUUGCGGAAUUUUGAAUAUUCGAGUGAAUGGGCAGAUCUUAUAUCAGCUUUAGGAAAGCUCAGCAAGGCUAUCUCGAGCAAUACCCAAUAUCAGAUUAUUCCCCGUCGCAUUAAAAUUUCGAAACGUUUAGCACAAUGCAUGCACCCGGCACUACCAUCUGGUGUGCACUUAAAAGCUUUAGAAACAUAUGCAGUAAUAUUUAGCAAAACAGGUCCCGAACGAUUGGCUACAGAACUCUUCAUUUACAGUGCUGGUCUCUUUCCAUUAUUAGGUUAUGCUGCUAUGAAUGUUCGGCCUACUUUAUUGGGUAUUUAUGAAACCUACUUUGUACCAUUAGGUGAAAAAUUGAGACCUGCUUUAAGUGGGUUCCUAAGCGGUGUUUUGCCUGGAUACGAAUGUGGUUUAGACCACUUCGAUCGUACUAACUCUUUAUUGACUCAAGUUUGCUCUGCUGUUAAUCCGACGCACUUUUACACUGUGCUUUGGGAGUGCGUCGCCACAAAUGCUUCGAUUCGCCUACCUGCCAUUUCUUUUUUAUUGGAUCAUUUUAAUAAACGACUUGGAAUGCAAGAACAAGUAUUUAUAAUGGGACAAAAUAGGGAACUAAUGAUGAUUGGACUAUGUGCAUGCCUUAAUGAUUCUGUCAUACUUGUACAACGUAAUUCAUUGGAAUUUCUUUUACUUGGUUUUCCAAUGCAUACAAUUUACUUAACUCAAGCAGAUCUAAUUAAAUUAGUUACAAAUGGAUUAAAUACAAUAUUACGUAGAGAUAUGUCUUUAAAUCGAAGACUUUAUUCCUGGCUUUUAGGAACUGAAAUAUCGAAAAAUUCUCCAACGUAUGACACAGUAUCAUCUGAUGGUACUACAGAAAUUAGUGAAUCGUAUUUUGAAAAAUAUUCUAAACAAAUUGUUAUUCAAUCUGUGAUAUGUACACUUAAAUAUAGUUUGGAGACAACACCUGUUGAUUUAAAACCUUAUCGGAUUAUGGUUUCAUUAUUGGAUAAAAUGGAAAUUGGUAGUGCUGUACUGGAUUAUGUUUUGUGUGACAUUAUACGAACUAUGUCGAUUUCUAGUGGAAAUAUUGAAGUAGUAAAAUCUGCAAAUUUAUUAUUUGCUACUUUCGAUCCAGUAUAUAUAUGGAGCUUUAUGACGAGCAUGUAUCAAAAAUCAUGCAAAAAGGAAAACAAAUCAUCUAAUCUUCCUAAACAAACAUUGCAUUUUAAUGAUGACAAAUUUCAAUGUGAAGUUGGUUCUGGUGAUCCUGGUCUUAUAGAAAUCUGCUAUCUGACAGAAUUUUUAUUGGAAACAAUUUCAUUAGAAAUGUACAAUGAAACGACUCGUUUAUAUUUACCAAAAGUAUUUUUGGCAAUAACUCAACUUUUGACAAUUCACUUAGAAAACAUAAGUACUGAAGAAAUAUCUGCAUCACUCAAACUUUGUAUGAAAAUUGUAUCAAGAGUGCAACCCAUGAUUACAAGUCCAGUUAAAGUUGUUAGUCGUCAAAGCCAGGGUUAUCUCUCAUCCGAUGAAAAAGAUAGCACACACUCCCUAAAAACAGGACAAUUAAAUGUAUUAGAAAAAAGUAAAUCUGAUUCAAAACUUAAUCAAUUUGAUACUGGUGUAACUGACAAUUUACACAAGUCAAAAAGUCUAUUUAAUGAAGGACCUAUAGGAAUACUACAGUCGAAUCAAAAUGCGGAACCACGGAGCCCAAAAAAGAAAAAAUCAAAAUCUUUUUCAAAAUUAUCCGAGCUGGACAAAGAGAUAUGCCCUGACACUGGUCAAGUCAUAGAUCCACCAUCAUCAUCUGAUCUCGAUACACCACGCAGUAUUAAGAAGUUGAAAACAAAGAUAAAAACAAAAAAUCAAUUGAGUCCAAAAAAAGGAAGGCCGGUAGAUAUUUCAAUUUAUGAACCAAAAUCUUUAGACCUCGACAUGAUAAAAAAAGCUGAUGAAGUUUCUGAAGUUGAUGAGCUAAAUAAUAGUACAAAAUUAGAUAAUAUAAAUUUAGAAAAAAAUGGCGACGUAUCAUUUGACUUUGAAAAUUUCAAUACGGAAAACGCAAAUGAAUUUUCUAUUUUAGAAAAAUGCAUCAGACAAUAUGAAAUUUUUUUUGAAAUAUUUUUAUCACGGCAAAUUUUACAAUUAAACCAAAAUUUCACUGCUAAUACUGAUAACUGCAACGUCACAGUUGAACUCGUUGACGAAAACUUAUAUAACGUUGACAUAUUUAAAAAUGAUAAAAUAUAUGAGGACUUCAAUUCAGAUCGUUCGUCGGAAAUUGAUAAACUCUUUAAAACCUUACUAAUAAAAAAAGUUAGUAGAAUAUCUGAACUAGAAAACUUAUUAACACAAUCAUUAACUAUAAAUCCAAAUGGUUUGUCUGACAAAAUUGAUCAGGAUAUCAUUAGAAAUUGUGAAUUAAAUGAAUACGCAGAAAGGCAGGUUCAAAUGCUCAUCGACUUGCAUCUUACGAGUGUUAUACGAAAUGCAACAAAAUUAGCAGCCAAUUUGUUAGUAGAAAUGUCAACUUUCCCGAACUGCAGAAGGAGCAUUUUAAUGGAUAAAAGUCAAAUAGAUAUUCCGAGUUGGCUUAAAGUGUUGUGUCUCGUUUCCUGCUACGCUCUAAAUGAUAUCGAGUUACAGUUAACUGCCAUCACAACAUUAUUUGACUUAAUAAGUCUUUUAAAAUCACAAACCGAACAUAGCACAAGUCCAGGUGUUACUUUUGUUAUAAUGUUGCCGUUGCUAAAGUUUGGUCAUGUGAGCUAUAUAGAGUGCAGAACUCGAGUAUUUCAGCUUAUAACAUCAAUACUGUGGAAUUGUCUUGGAGAACCAAAUGUAGAUCCUGCACAAAUUUCUGCUCUAUUACAUCAAUUACAUAAUUGUCUAGAAAGCGGUUUAGUUGAAAAAAUAAUUGGUGAUAGAAUGUAUGCUCAUAAUAUGCAACAACAGUUUGCGGCUGCUGAUGCUCUUAUGACAAAAAACAAUAGUUCAAUUAUAGAACAAAAGGCUUUUAGAAAUUAUCAAGUGGAUCGUGCUGCUGAUAUUCAACUUAUUUGUGCAUCUCCCUUAUAUAAGCAAUGUGUAGUUCAUCAACUCAAGGAAAGUGAAUCGAAAGGCUUAAAGAAAUUCGAACUUCUUUGGCAUUUGGGUCGAGAGAAAAAUACAGCGAGAGGUUUUGAGAAAACGUUAUUAAAGGUUUUAGAUACAUUAAGCUUACCAUAUUAUAUGCCCGUACGAACGUUUACCACAAAAUGGUUACAAUCUGCACUUCUACGAGGCGACUUGUCAAGGCUUAUUAAACCAUUAUACAAAAUAUUACUUUCCCCAAAUUCAAAACGCAUCGGAUUAGUUCAACUACAACUUAUCCAAUCCAAUGCUGUUGAUGAUAUGACGACAAAUACUGUACAAAAUAAUAUUUGUGAUGUAGAUAAUGUUACAGAUAAAGAAGUUUAUGCUAUCAGCUCAGAAUAUGGGAAUAUAAAAUAUCACAUGGAUGUAACAAGUAAUAAAAAGAGAAGCCCAAUACGAAGUUUUCAUAAAAAAAUUUUUGGCGUUACAUUAGGUAACAAAAACAAAACUUCUAAUUUUGUUAGUGAUAAGGUAUCAUCACCAACAGUUUCAGCAGAUAUACAAGAUACAAAUAUUGGAUUAAUAAUAAAUCCAUUAGAUAACUCACCUGAUUUUGAUGAUGACCCUAAAACUGAAGAACAUGACUUUAAUAUAAAUUUAAGCGAAGAUACAAAAAUAAGUACACCUAUGUCUCAAAAUGAUUUAAAAAAUAAAAAUAGUGGAAAAGAUGGGGAGGAAUCUAUGUAUCAGAAUUACGUGAAUGACUACACCGAUAACUCCGAUAGUAGUGUUUUUGAUUAUGAAUCAGAAAAUCGUGAAACAAGUGUUGAAAAAGAUGAGAGUAUAAAUGAUAAUUCAAAUGAAAUUGUUAAUAACAAUCUUAAAAGAUUUGUAGGUGACUGUGAGCGUGUUACAGAAAUACUAUCGCAACAUGAACGCACUAAAAAUCGAAAAACAUAUCGUUUAACGCGUGAAAAAACUCCAGGAGACUCUAGCAUAGCUUCAACAACAGAUGAACAAUCAUCCCUAGGUGGUGGUCUACAAUCAGUUAAUACGGAAGAAGAUGCCGCUCAUCCUGCAGAUGAAUAUUUCAAUAAAGAAAAAAACUUAGAUUGUGAUGAUAACAUUUCCAAAGCAUCAAAAGAACACACAUCACAUAUUGAAAUUAGUGCAAUACGAAAAUCAAUUUCGAAAACUGUAAGCAAAAAGCAAAGAAGAAAAAAAGAUCAUAAAUCAACUUCAAAAAAAGCAAUCUCACCCAACGAAAAAAAACGCAUGAGUUGCAUUUCAAAAACCUCAACAGAUAGUAACAAUAGUUAUGCCGGAAUCCAAGGUUCAAAAAGUAUAAGUGAAGAAGGAAUAGUUACGUCUGUUCAUAGCGAUGAAGAAAUAAUUGUUUCUCAAUCUACUGGUACGGUUGACACUAUUUGUACAAUUCAUGUGGAGGAAAAACGAAGAAGCCUAAGUUUUGAAAUUAACAAAACGAAAACUGAAUGGGAUAUUACUCCAGAGACUAUUGAGAAGAGUAAACAAAAUCUUCAAAUACUGCGCCGUAAUGUUGCAAGCAGUGAUGGUAGUGGAAGCAAGCGAGCGUCAACAAAAAGCGCUGCUUCAAUUAAAAGUGAUAUAGGAAAUCUACAAGCUAAUAAAUUACAAUUCUUUCACAAUCAUAUGCUUAUAUAUUUAGGAAUAUAUGACACAAAGCAAAUUCUUUAUGCUUUUCAAACUAUACGAAAUAUAAUUGCAUGUGACACCCGUACCUUUCUUUGUCUCUCAAUUACAACUUCAUUUGCUAGCAAUUCCUUAAAACAAUUGUUAAUACGGCAUCGUAAAAGCAUUGCAGGAAAAGGAUUUUUAGGUAACAUUACAAACUCAGAAUUUUCUCAAAGUUAUCGAGGUUGCAUGCAUUUAGAAGUGUUGGUCACGAUGUGUUUGUACUAUGCACGAGGUUUUUUUCAUCCCGACUGCGGUGAGAAUACAAAUGAAAAGCCUACCUACGAUGAUAUAUUAGGAAACUGCCGGGUGCAGUUGGAGAGUGUAGAACUUUUGACAUUGAUAUGUAUUGAGUUAAUGGAAAUUGUGAAAAGUAUGGGAAAGGGUCUGGCUUGUUAUAUAGCCGAUUUAAUGGCACGAUGCAAGUUACAAAAAGUAAUUUUACAUUGCUUAAAUUCCUCUGUAAAUUCAUUCGGACAACAUUGUAAAACUGAAACUUUUGCUGAGCAAACAAUAAACUAUAAUAAUCCUGAAGAUGAAUAUCUAAAUGCGGAAUCAUUUCAAGUUCAACUUCUACGUUUAAUGAUGGCUGUUAUAAAACUAGAAUUUGAAGUUGCUGUAUUAAAAAAUGAAUCAUUGCAAAAUGGAACAAGCUCUAAAGAAGAAAGUGGAAAUAUAUCUCCAACACAGCUUUCAAGUAUUAUAUCAGAUACAUCUGCAACAGCCUGCAAAUAUUUACCUAACUCUCUCAUAAAUCAGCAACCGAUGUUUCUUGCUGCGGUUUUAAAUGCUUUGCAAAAUAAUCAUAUGCGACAUUUGCAUAGAAAUUGGACCGAUCUUAUAACAUCAUCUUUAAACUGCUUUAGUUUUGGUUCUCUCACAAACAUUGUAAUAAGUGUUUUGCAUCAAUUGUGUAACAAUUUAGACCACAUUAGCAAAGUGCCACUUAAAGAGCAAUGUGGAUUUCCACCUGAUUAUGUGGUAUCGCAAUUAGAAGCUAUCACAAUUCUAUGCCAUUAUUGUUUGCUUGAUAAUACCCAGCAAACUACUUUAUCACAUCUCUUUAACCAGGCAUAUCCGCAGACAAGUGUAGUAUCACAGAAUUUCAAUACUGGGCAAUUAAUCAACAACAUCGUGCAUUCGUUCCUUUCUAGUGCUGUCGCUACUUCUCAAACAGAAUCGCAGGCUCCUAGAAAUCCACAAUUGUUAGCUGCUCGUAAUGCGGUUUUAUCACAUUUGUCUAGAAUUGUUGCUAGUGUAGCAGCCAUAUGGGAUAGUGAGCUAGGACAAGUGCGGCAGGUUAAACAGCAAUUAAUGGAAUUUUUAUCACCCGUAUCUUUGCAUCACGGAGCAAAUUUCUUGGCCGCAGUUGCAGUUACAUGGCAGGAGAGAGGGGAACAGCAUCAUAAAAAAAAUGUUAACUCUUCUCUUAGCAUAGCUGAACAGUAUAUAUAUAAUUCAACACCACAAGCCUGUCCAGAGCAGCUUAGUCUGGUAACAUUAGUUUCAAGCAUAAGAGUGAUGCCGAUGGACUCAUUUGUCCAAACUUUACAUCAAGUUGUAAAAUCGCCACCUUCGAUUCACCGCCCACCUGCAUAUUUAACUUUGGAGGUUAGUGCGCUGGAAUUAUUUUACUUCUAUAUGAAAUCGGCUCCCGCACCACAGUUACGUGACUCUUGGAGUUCUUUACUAUUACUAUUACGCGAUAGCCUAAGCCUUAUGCCACCAGCACAAUUUGCUUUGUUAAUGCUACUUAAUGAAUUUGUUCAGAGAUGUCCACAAAUGCCAUUCCUUGACAAAAAAGAUAUUCGAGAUUUGCAUGAUAUCACUUCUCGUUUGGUAGAUUCACUCUCAAACAUAGCUGGAUCAUGUCUUGAACAAACGACUUGGUUACGUCGCAAUUUAGCAGUCAAAGAAGAUAUUUCAACACUUACAACUGAAGGUUAUAGCAAAGAUACUAGCUUAAAUGGUCAGCAACAGUAUUCUGUACAGGCUCAGAGUGUGCUUGCUGCUUCAUUAGCAAAUCUUCUUGAUGUAGCAUAUGGCUCACAAGAAAAAGAUAAAGUUGUCGCAAUUAUUACAACUUUACUUUAUAAUAUCACACCUUAUUUGAAGAAUCAUACCACGCGCAACAUUCCUUCGUUUUAUGCUUGUUCUAGUCUGCUAGCCAGUUUGAGUGGCUAUCAAUAUACUCGAAAAGCUUGGCGUAAAGACAUGCUAGAUCUUCUGUUGGACAAUGCAUUCUUUCAAAUGGAUAUUUCGUGUUUACCCUUUUGGAAACAAAUAAUGGAUAGUCUUAUGACGUACGAUAAUACUACUUUCCGUGAACUUAUGAGCCGUGUCUCGUUGACACAAACAGGAAGUUUGAAUAUAUUUACUUCACGUGAACAGGAAUAUGAACAACGAGCUAUGCUUCUUAAAAGAUUAGCAUUUGUUAUAUUCUGCAGUGAAUUUGAUCAAUAUAAUAAAUAUAUGCCUGAAAUUCAAGAACAAUUAGCGAACAGCUUGCGUUUAUUGUCAAUGAUACCUUCAGUACAGGCAGCUGUGUUCCUAUGCUUUCGAGUACUACUUCUCCGUAUGUCACCAGAUCAUGUUACUUCAUUGUGGCCUAUAAUAAUAGCCGAAAUGGUACAAGUCUUUUUGUCUAUGGAACAAGAACUAAAGACGGAUUGCGAAGAUUUAAGUCAGCAGAUGCGCCUGCUAUCUGGUAUGGAUGCUUCGUGGUCACCAAACUCUUCUAGUAAUGGUAUAAAUACACAAAGCAGUAUGGUAAGCUGGCGGUUGGUACAAUUAGAGGCAUCAAAGUUACUUGAAUUAGGCUGUGUGUUACCAGCUAAAAAUUUGCCGCACUUUCAAAUGUAUCGUUGGGCUUUUGUUGGUACAGAGUUUGAUGCACAUGAGGAGAUAUCUAUUUUAAAUGGUAACAUCGAACAUGCAACAGCGAUGCUAUCCACAUCACUUUAUGUACCUCAUAUACGACGAAUUGCACGACUAAUGGAUAUGAAAUAUGCAAACAGUUCACCGAUUGAACAACAUCGUCAACAUUUGGUGCUGCAUUGUCAACAAAUUAGUACUCUUCAAGAUUUGCAUAAUUUUUUCAACGUAUUAAGUGUCACUUGUCCUAAUUCUCACAAUUAUGCAAAUACAGAAAAAGAAGUAGCAAAUUGCAUGUUAGAAAUAGAAGAAGUUUUAUCUAGGGAUUUCCUCGAAAAAAUGGUACCAAACACAACACCCAGGUGAAAAAUGGAACAUAAUCAAAAAAUUAAUGCGGAUGAUAUUGCUGCGUCUUCAAAAAAUAAUAUUAAUAUGCUUUCUAAAAAUAUAAGCUCUAUAAAAUGUGAUCCUAUACUUUCAACAAAAAACAAUGAUAUUCGUUUUUUGUUAAAUUACUUUGUAAAUAAUAUGUGUUAUUUGUUGAUUUACUAAUAGUGCUAGUUAAUUUUAAGCUCGCCUUGUAUAUUACUUGUUAUUCUAUAUCCGAUUGUAAAGCCAAAACCUAUUUUCAGUUAUAAUAAAUAUAUGUUCUUUUAAUAUAACUGUACGUAAGUUUUUUUAAGACGUAUAUUAUAUUUAGUUAUACUUAAAAAUGAUGUGCAUUGCUUUUUAAUACUUAUCCAAAAUAUAACAGUCCAACAGUGAACGCAGUGUCAAGGACAAUUAAAG